CCCCUUAGUAGGCAGGGCAGGAAAUCGGUCUGGGGAGAAUCCUUUGACGAGGCUGAUGCAGACAGGAGAGAGAGGUCAGAAGGGCCUCUGAUGCCCAAAUCUGAUGUCAUCUGGCUUGAAGAAAAAGAAAAACUAUUGUGGCAGUGGAUGGGCAGGAGAAUUAGAAUUGUCAAGAGCUGUGUGCGGCAUCAUCGGGAACAAGCAAGUUUAACAUGGUGAAAUGAAAGUUUGGAAAUCGAAGGGACUGAAAGGACAUGAAGGAAAGCAAUCUAAGAAUGAGCAGAAAAAAUUCUUUAUUCCACACGAGGAGAGUUGAUAUAAAUGCAUGAAGAGUGCAAGGAGCAUCAGUGGUAGCAAAAGCUGUAUUUCACAUCAGUGAAUGCACUAAGGAGUGAAACUAUUUUAAUGUGUUGAGUAGGAAAAGAGCUUCAGUGACAGCAGAAAACUUAUUCUGCAUUAAAAAACCUACAGGAAAGAAGCUGUAUAAACUUACGGAAUGCGUAAAGAGAUUCAGUCAUAGUGGAUGCCUAACUUUCCAUUUAAGAAAUCACACAGUGGUGAAACCAUUUAAAUGUGUGGAGUGUGGAAACAGCUUCAUUGAUAGUGGAACCCUUACUUUACAUCUAAGAAUCCAUACGGAGGAGACAUCAUUUAAAUGUAUGGAAUGUGGAAAGAGCUUCAGUCAAAUUGCAACUCUUAUUUACCAUGAAAGAAUCCAUACAAGUGUAUAACCAUAUAAAUGUGUGGAAUGUGGAAAGAGCGUUAGUCAUAACAGUAGCUUUAGUUUACAUCAAAGAAUCCAUACAGGGGUGAAAUGACAUAAAUGUGUGGUGUGUGGAAAGAGCUUCCAUUGUAGUGGACAACUUACUUUACAUCAAAGAACCCAUACAGGGGAUAAACCAUAUACAUGUAUGGAGUGUGGAAAGAGUUUCAGUCAAAGUGGAAAACUUGCUGUACAUCAAAGAACACACUCAGGGGUGAAGUCGUUCAAAUGUAUGGAAUGUGGAAAGAGUUUCACUCAUAGCGGUAACCUUACGUCACAUCAAAGAACCCACAUGGGGAUUCAGCCAUAUAAAUGUAUGGAGUGUGGAAAGAGUUUUAGUCGAAGUGGAAGACUUACUGUACAUCAAAGAACCCACACAGGGGUGAAACCAUUUGAAUGUGUGGAGUGUGAAAAGAGUUUCAGUCGUAGAGACAGGCUUACUUCACAUCAAAGAACCCACACAGGAGUGAAGCCAUAUAUAUGUGUGGAGUGUGGGAAGAGCUUUAAUGACAGCAGUGCCCUUACUCCACAUCGAAGAACCCAUACAGGGGAGAAACCAUUUAAAUGUAUGGAAUGUGGAAAGAGUUUCAGUCAAAGUGGAAGACUUACUGUGCAUCAAAGAAUACACUCAGGGGUGAAACCAUUUAAAUGUGUGGAGUGUGAAAAGAGUUUCAGUCGUAGAGACAGGCUUACUUCACAUCAAAGAACCCACACAGGAGUGAAGCCAUAUAUAUGUGUGGAUUGUGGGAAGAGCUUUAGUGACACCAGUGCCCUUACUAUACAUCAAAGAACCCAUACAGGGGAGAAACCAUUUAAAUGUAUGGAAUGUGGAAAGAGCUUCAGUCAGAGUGGAAACCUUACUUCCCAUCUCAGAACCCACACAGGAGAAAAACCAUAUAAAUGUGUCAAGUGUGGAAAGACCUUCAGUCAAAGAGCAGGCCUUGCUAGACAUCAUAAAACCCAUGCAGGGACAAAGCCAUUUGAAUGUGUGGAGUGUGGAAAGAUUUUCACUCGUAAUGAUAGCCUUACUUCCCAUCUCAGAACCCACACAGGGGAGAAACCAUAUUCAUGUGUGCAGUGUGGAUUGAGCUUUAGUUACAGCAGUACCUUUGCUUCACAUCAAAGAACCCAUACAGGGGUAAAGCCAUAUGAAUGUGUGUAUUGUGGGAAGAGCUUUAGUCGUGGUCAAUAUCUUACUUUACAUCUAAGAACUCAUACAGGGGAGAAACCAUUUGAAUGUGUGGAGUGUGGAAAGAAUUUCAGUUGUAGAGAUACCCUUACUUCACAUCAAAGGAUCCAUACAGGGUACAAACCAUUUAAAUGUAUGGAAUGUGGAAUGAGUUUCAGUCGUAGUGGAAGCCUUACUUCACAUCAAAGAACCCACACAGGGGAAAAACCAUAUAAAUGUAUGGAAUGUGGAAAGAGCUUCAGUCAGAGCGGAGGUCUUACUUCCCAUCAAAGAACCCACACAUGGUGAAGCCAUUUAAAUAUGUGGAGUUUAGAAAGAGUUUCCGGCAUAAUGGAAAACUUGCAUCACAUCAAAGAAAACAGACAUAGGAGAAACCAUUUAAAUGAUUGUGUGGCACACACCCAUUUUCAAACUGCCUGGAAAGCUUCCCACUGUUCCAACAUCAGGACCAUGUCUGCAUAGACUCCAUCCUUGCACAAUUCCUCCCUGUGGAGAGUUUGGGCAGAACAUAUCUUUUAUGUCACAUCUGGGAAGCUGCAAAUGUCUAGAGUGAGGGGUUGCCAACCCAGCACUCACAGGUGCCGUGACACCUGGGAAGACCACUGGUGGCUUCAGCCAGGGGCCUAGACUCUGAGCUUUCAUUUAAGAAGGACAAGCAAGUCUCUGUCCCUACUGGAAAGCAAGUUCUAAAGCAAAAUGUGCAGGUGCCCUUUGCAAUGGAAACUGCAGUUAUUUUUAGUUUUGCAUUUUUUAAAUGUAAUAGUCCAGGGGUGAACAACUUCUUUGGCCCAAUGGGCACAUUUGGAAUAAUGAGAAAGUGCCAUGUCAUUUGUCACAAAAAUGGCUGCUUUGGGGGUGUGGCAUGGCAUAAAAUGGAUAUCAUUUCUAAAAGAGGUGUGGCAGGGGAGAGAUAAGCCAUAAAAAGGUGUGGGAAUGACAUCAAUGGGGAAAAGGCAUCUCCUCUCUGGGAGACCGUGUGUCCAGUCCUGGCAUUCGCUGAAAUGUGGACAUGCCUCAGGGGAUGUGUUCAAUGUAGAAGAAGCUGAGACAGUUCAAACGGGAAGUGAGCAAGAAAAGCAAACAGUCUUGCAUAUGUUGUGGAUUUUUGAGGGGAUAUAUACUCAGUUCUUUCAUAUGCGCCACAGAAGGCUCUGGUGAGCAUACGGGCACCACAUUGCCAACCCCCGCAAUAGACAUUCUAAUACUGUAGUUUGUACUUUACUGUCCCAUGUAACUUUAAUGCUGCCUGAAUAUACUGUUUCAAUAUAUUUUUACUUCUCCAAGAUUCAUUUAUGUACCAUGUGCU